AUGUCGUUGGAAUCAAAAGAAAAAACCUCUUCUUUACCUCCUGUUGAUCCACAAGUCAUCAAUUCCGCUUUGAAUGAGCUACAUUUAGAUGACGAUGAUUUAGAUACCACAGAUACUAAUCCAACUACUGUAUCUAACACUAACUCCGGGCGUAACCAUGCAAAUAAUAAUGGUCCAAGAUCAGAUGUAGGUAUCAUCAAAUCUACCAAUGCUAAUAUCUCAUCCGAUGUAGCUAAUGGCAUCUCUCAAUCUCCUCCAUUCAAUCCAUUACCUCAAAAUGGUUUGCAUAUGUUUCCUCCUCCUCAUCAUCACCAAGUCAUGGGUAUGAAUUUCGUUCCUUACUCACAAAUGAUGCCAAUGCCUCCUCCACAUGGUUUCCCUGGUGUUAAUUCACCAAAUAACGUGGGAGAUCCGUUAUGGCAAGAUACUGGUCUAGCUCAAAAUCCUGCUGCUGCUGAUGUAGCUGCCACUGAUGACACCGAAAAAAAUGUAUCUUCUUUCAGAAGACAAACUUUCCAUGCUAUUUCACAAAAUGAUUUAAUUGCCAUCUCAGGCACAACUGAAAACAUCACUGCAACUGGAAAUCCUGAAGAAAUACAAACCAGAACUCAAUCCAUUUCUUUGGAUAAUGAAUUUGCUGCUACCACAGCUGCUCAAGCCGUCGCAGGAACAACUGGUACUGUCGAAACUGUCGAGGGACAAGAUACAAAGAAUGGUCAACCAAAUAGUUCCAAUCCAUUCCCUGCUGCAGCUUAUCCAUACGGUGGUCCGUUGAUGCAACCAAAUUCUGUUAUUUCUGGUCAUCAUACUCCGAUCCCUUCACCAUUUCCUGGCGCUUAUGGGUUUACUUCUCCUUUCCAAUCCUUCUCACCAAUUGUUCAUCCUCAUUCUCCUAUCCCAAUGCACCAUCAUCAAAUGCAAUUCCCUCAAAAUCCUCAUCAAUUGAAUGAUCCAAGUGUUGAACCAAAGGCAACAAAUGAUGAAAAUGAUGAUAAAUUAGUUUCGAAACAAAACAGCAGUACUCCUCCUCCAUGGAUGUAUGGUAAUCCUCCAUUUGGUCAUAUGGUCCCACACCCUCAUGGUGUUCACCAUCCUCAUCAUUUGAUGAACCGUAACAAUAAAUUCCAUAAUGGUAAUAAGAACUCUUACGGAAGAAACAAGAAUGGUAACAGAAAUGGCUACAACGGAUAUCACCAACGUAAAAUGGAAGAUUCCUUAAUUUAUUCCAAUGCUACCUUAGAUCAAUUCAUUGGGGAAAUUUACUCUCUAUGUAAGGACCAGCAUGGCUGUCGUUUCUUACAAAAACAAUUGGACGUCAUGGGUGAAAACGCAGCUAAUGCUAUCUUCAAUGAAACUAAAGAACAUACUGUUGAAUUAAUGACUGAUUCGUUUGGUAAUUAUUUAAUUCAAAAAUUGUUAGAAAGAGUAACCGUCGAACAAAGACUAGAAAUAGCACAAAUUUCUGCCCCAUAUUUCGUUGAUAUUGCAUUAAAUCCUCACGGUACUAGAGCUUUACAAAAGUUAGUUGAAUGUGUCGGUACUGAAGAGGAAGCUCAACUUGUUGUUGAUUCAUUACAGCCAUCCAUUGUAGAGUUGAGCAAGGAUUUAAAUGGUAACCAUGUCGUUCAAAAAUGUUUGCAAAAAUUGGAUCCAACAUAUUUCCAAUUCAUUUUCGAUGCUGCUUCUCAAGAUUGUGUUGAUAUCGCUACUCAAAGACACGGGUGUUGUGUUUUGCAACGUUGUUUAGACCAUGGUAAUAAGGAUCAACGUCGUGGAUUAUGUGAAAUGUUGUUAAGCAAUAUAGAUCAAUUAAGUAUAGAUCCAUUUGGUAACUACGUAGUCCAGUACGUUAUAACUAAAGAAUCAGAAGAAAAAGCCUUUGACUACUCAUACAAGAUUGUGGAAGUCUUAAAACCUAAAGUCAAAGACUUAUCUUUACAUAAAUUUGGUUCUAAUGUUGUCGAAAAAAUUUUGAAAACCCCAGCUUUGUCAGAGCCUUUGAUUUUAGAAUUAUUGAAAAAUAAUGAUGAAUCUGAAAUUCAAAUGCUAUUGAACGAUAGUUACGGUAAUUAUGUUUUACAAACUGCUUUAGACGUUUCUCAUAGCACCAACCCUUCAUUGUACAAAAGAUUAUCGGAUAUUGUUUCACCAUUAUUAGUUGGCCCUAUCAGAAAUACUCCUCAUGGUAGAAGAAUAAUUAACAAAUUAAACAUGACAUAA